GGAGCUUCCCCUGUCAGAACUGCCAGACACCAUACUUUAAGGACUGCCCAAAAUGGAAAAUUAUAAACGCAUGAGCGACGAUGAGCUUAUUGAAACGCUGCAGAAAUGCAACAUUACACACGGGCCUAUUGUCGGUACGACUCGGACUUUAUAUGAAAAGAAACUUUAUGAGUAUGAACGCAGCAAAACUAGGAAUCAGUAUCCUCUAGGUUCCUACGAGAGCAAAACACACUACAGAAACAGAGCGAACGAAGAGGACUUGGAGGAUGAGGAUUUUUACGUAGAGAAAACCGUUACCAGAACCUACCAAUAUCCCCAAGCACGAUCACGAGUCACCUUUGAUCAGCUUGAGCGAGAACCACUCUAUAAAGAAAACACGUACCAGCCCAUAUCCCAGAUGCGCCAAAUGGGGACAACACAGAGGGUGGAGCCUCGCAGGCCGAUCCAUGUGAAGCAGAACGAAGAGAACCCCAGCAAGAGAUACUUCCCAGUGUGGCUGCAGAUUCUCUUCCUGUUCCUGUUCGUUGGUUUCCUGGCCGCUCUUUACUUCCUGCAGGAACCCGACGACAAUCCAUUCAUGCUGGAGAGUAACUGAUCAAAUCUGCGUUAGUGGUGUACGAUCUACCAGCAAUACAGUAUGCUUCAAGGCAGGGCUGUCCAUCUUCAGCCUCAAAGGCUUUAAUGGGGCAGUAUCCACCUGUGUUCUACAUGAGCUGAAAAUGUAGUCUGCCUAUUGGGUUUCACUAAAAAAAAAAAAAAAUUAUAUAUAUAUAUAUAUAUCACAUUCUAAUCUAUACUAUAUAAAAGUACUUUCAAUUCUGCACUGACCUGCUUAAGAAAGACGUUUCUUACUCAAAUCAAUUGGCAAAACAUAUGUAAAGCUCUAUUGAUUGGCCUCAUGUGGAACAAUGGUGUGUUAUUGCGUAUUAAAUAAAAUGUAUUGGGUUUGCCCUCUACUAUGGACAAGUCAGUGAAUGGUUUAAAAUAGCAGAGGAGAGAUUUAUUUAAAUAUUGGCUUUUUUUUCGGAGUUGGACAGCCCAGGGUAGAUCCCUGUGUGAGUGUUGUAGUGCUCAGUUGUGCAGAUAUGGAAUAUGAAUGGGAUAAGAUCCCAUUUUUAAUUUAGUUUAAUGGAAAUACCCCCCAGUGACUUCAAGUUAACUUCUCCUUUAAACAGUGCAGAGAUCCUAAUGGUCUUUCACUGCCUCUUAUUACUAGUGAUGGGUGAAUCUGUCAAUUUUGACGCGGGUGACAAUUUUUAUACGUGCGACUAUUUUGUCCAAAUGCAUUAAAGUCAAUGGGCGUCCGAAUAAUUUUGACGCGUGACAAUUUUUUUAUUGUGAAUUUUUGCCGCAGUUUCACAAAAACAUUAGUGGCCGGCGAAAAGUGGAAAUUCGCAGCAAAUCCAUGGCUGCUUAAUAAAUUUGCCUCAUCACAAAAAAUUGGUUUUUUUAAUGGAAACACGGUCAGAUUAGUCUCCCGGCAACAAAUCUUCUUCGGGGUGACUAAUCUCCCCGAACUGCCUUCCCGCCGGCUUGAAUGAAAAUCGCAUUAUUUAUAUGUGCUCCGGCCUUUCUGGGGCAAAAUGUUACUUUUAAAUAAGACUACCACAGGAAUGCGCUUUACAGUGAAUGAUAUAAGUUUUUAUACUGUGUUUUAGUGAUCCCGCUGGGCUUCCGUCCUUUCUGAAUUACAGCUAAAUGACAAACACACAAAUAAAAAUACACUUUCACUGUACCUCACUGACAUUUUAACAGGCCUAUUGUGUAACGAAGUUUAGUGGCAUCUUAGAACAUAAUCACAUUUUAAUUUAAAUAGGGCACUCGUUGUUGUCAGUGCCCAAGUAUAGUUAUAUCUAUUCUUUACAUAGACUAUAAAGUGCAGGGGCUGAGUGUAUUGUGUGUCUAUGACUGCACAUUGACAUUUUCACAUGUUGGGGGGG